AGAGGUCGCUGUGAGCUGGCGCUGAAGCGGAUGCGGACGGUGAGCAGCAGUGAUGAUGGCGGUGAAGAUUGCAGUGUUGUUCAGACGGGCUUCUGAGAGCUGCAUCAACACACACUACCUGACCAACAGAUUUACACUUCAAACGCAGCAGAGGUGUGGCUUCCGCAAGGUGUCAAAGAAGGGCGUGGCAGAAGAGGUGGGGCAAAAUGAAAUGGUACAUAAUAAAGGCGUGGCUCCUCUUCCAGAACCGCCCACUCCACAGAUGCCAACUAGGGCGUUUGGCAGACUGGUCAAACCGUUUGUCUUCACUAUAGGGUUUACAGGUUGUUCGUUCGGCGGAGCGGCAAUAUGGCAGUAUGAAAGUUUAAAAUCUCGUGUGCAGAGUUACUUCGAUGAGGUCAAAGCAGAUUGGCUGGAGAAGAUACGGCCCCAGAAACAGGGAGAUUUGCGCAAACAGGUGAAUCAGUGGUGGAACAGUUUAAGUGAAGGACAGAAAACGGUCACAGGCAUUAUAGCUGCAAAUGUGUUGGUGUUUUGUUGCUGGAGAAUUCCACCUCUGCAGCGGUCCAUGCUGAAGUACUUCACAUCUAACCCCUCCUCCAAGGCAUUGUGUUGGCCCAUGCUGCUGUCCACGUUCAGUCACUAUUCUCUCUUUCACUAAGCAAACAUGUACGUGCUGUGGAGUUUCUCGUCAAGCAUCGUCAACAUGAUGGGCAAAGAGCAGUUUGUGGCCCUGUACCUGUCCGCAGGUGUGAUUUCGACGUUUAUCAGUUACGUGUCUAAAACAGCGACCGGUCGGUUGGGUCCAUCACUGGGGGCGUCAGGGGCCAUUAUGACGGUCCUCGCGGCUGUUUGCACCAAAAUGCCUGAAGCCAAACUGGCCAUCGUCUUCCUCCCGAUGUACACCUUCACUGCUGCAAACGCUCUUAAGGCUAUAGUUGCCUUGGAUACGACAGGCUUGAUUCUGGGAUGGCGUUUUUUUGAUCACGCGGCUCAUUUAGGUGGUGCUUUAUUUGGCAUCUGGUAUAUACUUUACGGUCAUGAGCUUAUUUGGAAGAACAGAGAGCCGCUGGUGAAGUUGUGGCAUGACUUCAGAACGAGAGGACCGGGCACUGGCGGCAACGGUUCCAUUUAGAGCAUUGCAUCAUGGGUAGAAUCUAAACCCAUGACCGAAGGAGGAUAAGAACUUUAAGAAAUGGACACACACACAUUCAUGCACUUGAACCACAUGUUCUGCUGUUGUCAUAAUCUGUGUGUGUGUGUGAGAGUUUGUUUGAAAUGUGAAGCUCUGCCACCUGAGUUUAGAUUUGAAUCCAUAAGCCCCACCCACAAAACGAGGGGCGGAGCUUCAGCACACACGUUGACUCUGACAACAAAA